AUGUCGGGAACGCCUCAUCCGCUUCAGCAGUCGCUGCUCAGGCCCGCGUCGCCCGGCGCAUCCAGCAUCGCUUCCGACUUGUCCGCGCGAAAGAUCGCCGCCAAUGCAGUCGAAGCCCCCACCUGUUCCAUCGCUUGGGGUGCAUGGCUUCGCAAAUAUCAGCAUGGCUCAUGGUGCGAAAAGGUGGAACCAGAAUCCUCCCUUGACCCAAAGCAAUCGGGAUCCAACGGAAGUGUCUCAAACGAAGCUUCCACCUCGGCAGAGUCCCUCGCUUCCACCGCUGCCAACUCGCCGGUUCCGACCUCGUCAGCUGCCAACGGUCUCGCGCAAGUAGCCACCCACACUGCAUCUCCCAAGCUUCCUCAAUUCGCAAAACCCACCAAGACCCAUCGAACUGUCAAAGUCGAUGCCGAUGCAUUGAUGGACUCGAUGGACUUCUAUCGACAAAAUGGCUGGCUUGCAGCACCUCCCCUACCGCGUCGCCAACAUCGGAAAGUGGCCGAGGCGCUUCGUCGCCAUGGCCUCACCGCAGCACAGGAGCGCGACGCUCUCCUCCUCUACAUUAAGCACGCCAAAGCCGUCUUCAGAUGCGAAUACGCUUCUUUCAUGGUCGAAAGCACAGACGAUGCAUACAUGCUCAUUCUGGCCCAGGAAGGUGGUGACGCUCAGGUUCAGAUGGUACCCAGAACCGUCACUUUGUGUUCGCAUGCCAUGCUACUCCCAGACGACGAAGUUCUUGUCGUCAGCGACACCAAGAAGGAUUGGAGGUUCCGCUCGUGCCCCUCGACCCUGGCAGGAACCGUCACCAACGCAAAGGGCAAGCCCAUGAACUUCUACGCCUCCGCUCCGCUCUUUCUCUCGUACAAUCUCAACGGUAUCGAAGCAAGAGUCCAGGUUGGUCGUCUCUGCAUCAUGGACGAGCAGCCUCGCGACGACUUUGAUGACAAAGACGCCGAGCUUCUCUAUUCUAUCGGCAAGAUGGCCGGCGACGCCCUCGAGGUCGAGUUUCAAAGCUCAAAGAACGCCAAAGCCGCCGAAAUGCAGCAACGCACCAGCUCGCUCGUUCGCGCCUUGGAAGAUCCUUCGCUUCACGCGCAAUACAGGCACUUCAACUCGUCCAGUUCCGGUUCCGAUUCGGGCGAUGGCUUCUCACGAUAUUCGCUCGUCGUCAUCGAUCGCGCGUGUCAAGAGCUACGCGAAUGCCUUGGUGCGGCCGGGGUUGUCGCCUUCGAUGUCAGCAACUUCCGUUUUCGCCGUCAUGCAGCUCAUCGCGGCUCGCGCACCUCGGGCACCUUCUCGAAGGCCACCUUGCCGGCACGCAGCUUUUCCCUGGAAGGUCAAGCUCUCACCGAGCCCUUGACUCCCCCGGGUGAUUCUGUCUCAACGCCAACCUACAUCGACCCGAGUUCGCCUAUCAUCUCGCCCAGAAUGAGUCGUCAGCUCUCCUCGGCUGAUACUGCUUUGACGUUCGAAACCAUCGAUCUCAACGAGGGCUCUCCGCCGCCCAGCAUCCUCAGCUACAGCGGCCCUGAAUCUUGCCGACCCAAUAUGCCCGAAGAGAUCGGUCGUCUCAAGGCCGUCUUUGCCGCUUCGUUGGCGCGCAAAGCGUCUGAUACCAACAUGAACAUCCGCUGCGGCUUCCACCGCAGGUCGGCCGAAAUCGCCCUUUCAUCCGACGAGGAAGACGACGAGGAGGCAACCCCAUCCCAGCCCGAGAACAUGGACCCAUGGGCGGAGUUGAUGCCUCGCGAGACCCAGAUCAGCUCCUAUGCCGUCUGCGUCUCGUACAAUCGAGCAAAGGCACGCCCCGGCAUCAUGUUCCUCGUCAUGUUCGAAGCAGAGGUGCAUUUCGACCAACAAGAGCGCUACUUUGUCGAGAGCACCAUGCAAGUCGCCCACGGAAGCUUGCUGCGUCAGAAGCUUUCCGAGACCGACUUCUUCCAGGCCGAAUUCUUGAGGCACGUGCAGCACAAUCUCCGAACACCACUCCACGGUGCGCUGGGUGCUGUCGAGUACCUUCGAGCUGCCAUCAGCAAUGAUGACGACGAAGCAAGCAAGGUCGAUCUCUCGGCCGACGGUGUCUUGGCCACUCUGCUCGAGUCAAUCUCACUGUCAGGCCUCACGCUCAAUGCAUACAUCGACGACCUGCUCAGCUUUCAGAAUCUGUCCGGGAUCAAGACGGCAAACGCUCCUCCGCCCAAACGCAUCGCGGCAGACAUUGUCAAAGUCAUCGAAUCGGUUGCCGACGAGGAAUGGGAGUUCGCACAGCGUCUGGACCUUCAAUCUCACCACCUCGAGAUUGACUCGCUCAAGCCGCAAGAAGGUCCCUUGCACGGCAUGGAGCUCAUCAUCAAGGCGAGUCCCGAGGUACGUGAUUGCGAAUGGAUGGUCGAGGUCAAAGCGCUGCAAGACGUGGUGCGUAAGGUUGUCUCGAACGCGAUUCGCUACACUAGGCAAGGCUACGUCGAGAUCGCAAUCCGUGUCGCUGCGCCAGGUGCAUUGGACGAUCUGGACGUCGAGGUCGCUGAGGACUCCACUGUUGUGGAGAUUGAGGUCGCUGACACGGGUGUCGGCAUGACCAAGGACUUCUGCACCAACCAGCUCACCCGACCCUUCAGCAAGGGUGACUCCUUCCGCGACGGAAUCGGUCUCGGCAUGACGAUCGUCUCGUCGACGUUGCAGAAGUACGGCGGAAAGCUUUCGGUCGCUUCCGAAGUCAACCUCGGUACCCGCGUCACGAUGUGCAUUCCUUUGCAGCGUGGCAAGGCUCUUCACGGCCGCAAUGGUUCCUUGUCGAGCACGUCCGCGCCCAAACUUGCCGUCUCCAAGAUCGCAUACUACGGCCUCGAGACACGUGGCUUACGCCGCUUGGCCAACGCCUUGUGCGAACACUUUGUUCCGAUGGAGGGCGUCGAGCUCACGCGCGACUAUGCCGAGGCGGACUGCAUCGUCUUGCCGGAGCGGGCUGCCAACUCCUUGGAUGAAGGCGAAGAGCCGCUUCUCUCCCUGGUCAAGCCGAACGCGAGAUUUGUCGUCAUCAGCUCCUCACACCUUGUCAUGGAGAAGGGCCUAGAGAAGUUGGAUGGGCGCGCCGUUCUUCCUAUGCCCAUGCCACACGGUCCCAGUGCGCUGCGACUCAUGGAGAUCUUCCUAGCAGAGGAAGAGCCACCGCUGAUUCACCUUGGCAACGCCAUUCGUGCCAGCAAUCAGCACAGGGUCAGUGUGACCGAGCUUGGCGUCCCCACGGGUCCUCGUCGUGUCAGCGCACCUUUGAAAGUGGGCUCCAUGACAUCGACGCCUGUGACAGGAGCAAAGAAGGUCAACGGUGUCUCGAACGGCGUCGACGUUGCUGCUGUCGCUGCCGAGUCCUCGAUCGAGGUCAAGCCAGGCAAGUCGCUUGCUCCAAUCAACACAGCUGGCGCGGCCCUUCCCGAGGACGAGUUCCGCGUCCUCGUGGUCGAAGACAAUCCCAUCAACAUGAAGCUCCUCACCACGCUGUGCAAGCGGCUCAACAUUCGCUACGAAGAAGCACACGACGGUGCCGAAGCCGUCGCCAAAUUUAUCUCCUUCCGUCCCUCGGUUGUUCUGCUGGACAUCUCGCUGCCGAUCCAGGACGGCUUCGAGGCGUGUACGCAAAUGCGAGCGCACAACCACCCAUCCUUCAUCGUGGCGGUCACCGCGCUCAGCUCGGAAGAGGACAGGACGAGGGGCAUCGAGAUGUGCGGCAUGGACGCAUGGAUGACCAAGCCCGUCUCGCCGAGACUGCUGAAAGGCGACCUCGAGGAAUGGAGGAAGAAGUUCCACUCAGACAUUGAGGUUGGCGUCAACGGCAAUGGCAUCGCUCCGGGGCCUGCAGUGGGCGUGGCCGUGGCGAGCGCCUGA